UUUCAGUGUGCGUAACGAUUUUAUUCAGUUGACAACUUGUACCCGUUCGGCACAUAACAAUAUUCGACAAGAGUACAAAAAAACAUUAUUUAAUAAAGUUCAAAUUUUUCGUACAAGAUGUCUGUGAAUGUGAAUUCAAAAACAAAGGCCGUGAAUGUUCACUGCACAAACGUGACCAGCGAUAAUCCGUCGCGCAUGGAAAUGCUAUCCUGGGUGAAUCAUACAUUGAAGACGCAGUUCUCCAAGGUCGAGGAAUUGUGCACCGGUGCGGCGUACUGCCAGUUUAUGGAUAUGCUGUUUGCCAAUUCGAUACCGAUGCAGCGAGUCAAGUUUCGCACCAACCUAGAGCAUGAGUACAUUCAAAAUUUUAAGCUUCUACAGGCGUGUUUCAACAAAGUCUGUGUGGAUAAGAUCAUACCCCUGGACAGGCUGGUCAAGGGUCGAUUCCAGGAUAACUUGGAGUUCCUCCAGUGGUUCCGCAAGUUCUUCGAUGCCAACUAUGGGGGCCAACUCUAUGAUCCCGUGGCCGCUCGCAAAGGUGCAGUUAUGGGACUUGGUUCACCGCCCAUGGAAACCAAGUUUCAUAGAUCUGCGUCCAGGUCCAAUCGUCAAACUACUGAAACCCCCCAAGAACCGCCUGCCAAACCUGAAUGUCAAGGUGAAACUACAGAGCCGGAAGAGCUAACUCCUGAACAGCAGUUGCAGAGUUACCGUAAUUUUUUGCCGAUAAUGACAAAGGAAAGGGAUUUUUACUUAUCGAAACUGAGAGAUGUUGAACGUCUUUGCCAGAAAUACACAACUGGCAAAGAUGGGGAAUUAUCAGAGAAGAUUACUCAGAUUAUUUACGCCGACUAAGAAUUCAAAUGAAGUACCAAAUACGCCUAGUUCGAAACGUUUAAGCAGCAAAAUUCAAAGAGUUACAGCCAUGCAGAUAAAUUGUCAAUAAACUUUUAAUACACACUUUCUACUAAUCUA